CGCGCAACUCCACCAAGGAACUGAGGAGAGAAGCGCUAGCUACUGUCAACCGAGACGCGUCGCCUACGGCAAUAAACAGAACAAACAACCAGAAACAAGCAAUCGCAGUCGCCAAAAAUGGGCAUUAUUCGCAAAACCCUGGUCGCGGGCACAGUGACCGCAGCAGCUACCCUGGGCUACAUCGGCAGCGCCACCACUCUUACCAGGCCGCUCCCCGUCAACGAUAGCGUAUUCAAGUCGAAGCUGUACAAGAAGCACAACAUCCACCGAAACCCGCCGACCCAGGAUGUCGUGACAAAGCGCGUGCCCCUCGACAAGAUACGACCGGAAUUGUUGGAGAAAGAAGGCGACAUCGUCCUGGAGUUUUGCCGUGGUGUUUGGACUAGCCCUGCCUACGAAAUCCAGCGUCGAUACCUAGCACGCAAAUACCACAACGCUUCGACCUCGACCGAUCAAGACCUCUGGUCCAAGGAGCAGCUGUCGGCCUCGACGUACGAGCCGGGCACCAUCAUAACGGACCACUUCCAGGUGCUGGAGAAGACGCCAACGUCCAUCACGGUGCGGUGCGGCGACUCGCCGCGCAACCAGGGUCCGCGCGACUCGGACGGCCUCUUCAUCUUCUCGGCGGUGGUGGACAGGCAGCGCGGUGAGGUCGAGCUGGGGCUCAAGAGCACCCUGUUCCCCAGCUCGAGGAAGCUAGAGGGCGACGAGGCCAAGCCUCCCAUGCCGCCGUGGAUGGAUGACCUGCACACGUGGUAUGCGAGGUUUUGGAUGAUUUCUGGCUAUCGCAGGUUAUUGAAGUAGAACCCGGCGCCCACCCUUUUCCGGAAAAAAAGACCGGGGACCCUUUUUGACCAUUGAUUGAUGUGUAAUUGCAAUCGAGGCUUGUACACAAAGUACCCAAGAUACGAUGUAUAUAAAUACCUCCGAGUUCGCGGGGGUAUCUUGGAUGAGUCGCCACUGGCAAUCUGCAAGCGCAAGCGCAUUAUCCACACUAUACAUAUAUCAAUGAGGGGUAACGUAAUCUAUGGGGUAUCGUGUUCCAACUUUGUCAUGUUUUAAAAAUCUCCAUGCAUGCUUGGUAGCAACAAGCGUCAAGGCAAGCGGGCAGGGCGGGGUCUCAUGUCAAACGUGUCAACAGACAAUUUAGAACCAUGAUUGACUUGUAGGCUAGCCACUUGGCUUCCUGAUUUAGACUAGAGAACCAAUCGGCUGUAGUUUAAAUUCUUUGCCGAUCAUGCCCGGGUGGAUCAACCAACAUAGGACAGUUAGUAACAAUGUAACUAUGUACCACCGGC